AUGGAUUCCAGCUCCUAUAAGCUUUAUCAUGUACAUGGAUUUGAUUCCAGACAAGCCCUGGACCAUUAUUUUUCAGACAAAGCUGAUAUGGUCUUUGAAGAGGAUUCCUUGAAAUUUCCCAUUGAAAAUCUUACGAAAACCUUCACAGAGGGUCACAUUAAAGGAGAUGUCCUCAUUGACCUUACCGCUGCACCCCUGAUUCAUCAUCUGUUGUCAGCCUGUGAGUUUUUCAGACACAUCAUAGUCCUGAAGGUCCAAGACAGAUGCAUCCUGGAGCUGAAGAGAUGGCUGGACACACGGACAGGAGCAUUCGAUUGGGGACAUGCCACAAAACUUCAUUUAGAGAAAGAAAAUAAAAGUGACCAGUCACAGAACAAGGAAGGGAAAGUGAGAUCGAUCGUUCAACACGUUAUGAAAUGUGACGUUAAGAAAGAAAAUAUGACGGACCCGAUAGUCUUACCACCAGCUGAUUGUAUCAUAAUUGGUUGGCUCCUAGAUCAGAUCAGCAAAGACCAAGAUGAAUACAUCAGAUAUCUGAGGAAGUUCUCAGGGAUGCUGAAACCUGGAGGACACAUCAUAUUACUUGGGCUUUUAGAUGUUACAUAUAUCAAAGUUGGGAAAGACAAGAUUCAUUCUUUAAAAUAUGAUGAGAAUUUUGCAAGAAAAGCUGUAGUUGAAGCAGGCUUUGUUAUAGAUAACUGUGUAACUAAGAAGAGAACCAAUGUGAUUGACCUUACUGACUAUAAGGCCAUCAUAUUCAUUGCAGCUCACAAGGAGAAGUAG